AUGUUGAGAACAUUUUAUGUUCUAUCCUUAAUGCUAAUUGAAUUUAUACUGCACAAGGGUCAGUAUAAUAAGCAUAUUUGUUCAAAAAAUUUGAAAAAAUAUAAUUUUGUUGGUAAGAAACAUCGAAUUUUGGCAAGUAUUAUUGAAGAUAGGGAAAAACAAGUUGAAGAUAUAACAGAUGGUUAUAAGCCUAUAUUUAACAUUUAUGAAAUAUCUGCAGCAUUUCACAAAAAAAAAGAUAUAGCAGAUAAAAAAAAAAGACGAAGAUACGGAAACCAACAAAGUAUAGAAAACAGAAGAAUUGCUGAAGAAAAUGAAAGACGUCUAUCAAAUCAAUUGGAUGAUAUACAAUUUAUUGAAUUAUCUAAUAAAUAUCCUAAUAUAGGAAAACAAAAUUCUCAACAAAAUAAAGUAAAUAAAAUAAAUAAUCAAAAUGGUGCAUCGAAUUCAAAUGAUAAUAUAAGAAAUGAUGAGGAUGAGGAUGAGGGUGAGGAUGAAGAUGAAGAUGAUGAUUUGAUAGAAGGCAGGAAAGAUAAUUUAGAAGAGGAUGAUUUAGUAGAAAAAAAUGGUGCCAAUUUAAAAAGGGGGAACAUGCAUGGACAGGAAGAAAAAAAUAAAAAUAUAAACACAACUCCAGGCAAUGAGAAUAAUAGCAAAAAUGUAAAUGAUAAUAAAAAAAGUGGUAUAAGUCUAAAAGAUAAAAUUGACAAUAAUGAGCAACAUAAUAGUGGUUUAAAAGGCACGACGAAAUAUUUAGAUGAUAAUAUAAAAACAUAUACAUUUGACCAUUAUAAACUUAUAACAAAUUCUGAUAAUAUAUUAAAUGAUAUAAAAGUAGAUGCAUCAGAUAUUUCAAAGCUAAGUAUAAAUAGCUUAAGUAUAGAAUAUAAUGAAGUAAAUAAAACCGAAUACACACACCAAAGGCAUAUAGUAUUAACUAAUAAAGGAAAUAGACGAUAUAAAAUAUUUCUAAUGACAAAAAAUCCAAAGUUUACGAAAACAGAGGAUAUUGAAGAACCUGAAAUGAGUUUUAUUCAAACAGAAACAGGAGAGAAUACAAAUGAAAAAGAAGACGAGGAAAACUAUUUGAAUGAAAAUUUGUAUAGUGGAUUUGGGACUAUUGAUUAUGAAAAUGGUUAUUCAAAAAAAAAAAAAAAAAUUAACAGUGAACACGCAAGUGAACUUAAUGAUAAAAUUAGUAACAGCCAAAACAUUGAAAAAAGUGAUUCUCAUGAAAAUGAAAAAUAUAAUCAUGGAUUUAUAGGGAAGAUACAAAGUUUUUUUAGUUUUUUAUCCAUCCCAAGUAGCAAGAAAGAUGAUAGUAUUGGAAGUGAAAAAAAAUCUGAGGAAAGGAACAAUGUCGAUUCUAAACCUAAAUUAAAUAAGAAACCUAAUGAUACGGCCAAAAAAAAUAAUUCAAAUAAAAUUUUGACUGUAGACAAAGUUACAGAUCAAUAUCUAUUAAACUUAAAGAAUAAAAAUAUGAAAGAACAAGAAUUGAUAUUCAUUUUCCAUGGGGAUUUAGAUUUACAUUCGAAGAAGAUGAAAACAAUUAUAAAUGAAGCAAAUGUUAAAUUUACAAAAUAUAUAAAUAUGCAUUUUAAAGACGUUAAGAAUAUACGUUAUGAUAUAUCAUCACCAAUAAACUUUGUGUGUUUUUUUAUUCCUAUAAUUUUUGAUAUGAGCAAUUUAAAGAUAUUAAAAGAGGCAUUAAUUAUAUUGCAUAAUGAGCUCAAGAAUUAUAUCGAUAAUUGGAAUUUUUCAAAUACUUAUAUAGCAUUUGAUACCGAUUAUGAAAAUGAAGAUAUUGACAAUGCAAUGAAUAAAUUAAAUGAAAAUAUGAAAAAAUAUAUUAAAAAACCCAAAAAAUUAUAUAAUAUAAAAUAUUCAUUUUUAAGAAAAAUGUGGGGUCUAGAAUCAAUUUUCUCUUUAUCCAAAAAUCGAAAUCAAAAAAAUGCUGGAAUAGAAGAAAAAAUUUUGAACGCAUUACCAAAAGAAUUGAAAGAGUAUUCGACUUGGAAUUUAUCUUUUAUAAGAGUAUUUAAUGCUUGGCUUUUGUCUGGGUAUGGAAAUAAAAAUGUAAAGAUAUGUGUUAUAGAUUCAGGGGUUGAUAAAAACCAUAUAGAUUUAGCAAAAAAUAUAUACACACCGAAAUAUUCAGAUAGAUAUGAAAUGACAGAUGAUUUUUUUGAUUUUAUGGUUAAAAAUCCAAUAGAUACAUCUGGGCAUGGUACACAUGUUUCUGGAAUAGCAGCUGCUUCGGCAAAUUCUUUAGGUAUGGUUGGUGUUGCUCCUGAUGUCAAUUUGAUAUCUUUACGAUUUAUUGAUGGAGAUAGUUAUGGAGGUAGUUUCCAUGUAAUUAAAGCUAUAAAUGUUUGUAUAUUAAACAAAUCGCCAAUUAUUAAUGCUAGUUGGGGUUCUAGAAAUUAUGAUACGAAUAUGUUCUUAGCUAUUGAAAGAUUAAAAUAUACUUUUAAGGGGAAAGGAACAGUUUUUAUAGCUGCAGCAGGAAAUGAAAAUAAAAACAACGAUCUUUAUCCUAUAUACCCUGCUAGUUAUAAACUUCCAAAUGUUUAUAGUGUUGGUUCCAUCAACAAAUUCUUACAAAUUUCACCAUUUUCUAAUUAUGGAGCUAACAGUGUGCACAUUCUUGCACCAGGACAUCACAUAUAUUCCACAACACCUAUGAACACAUACAAAAUGAAUACAGGUACUUCUAUGGCAGCCCCUCAUGUAUCGGGAGUAGCUGGAUUGAUAUAUUCGGUAUGUCAUAAACAAGGAUUUAUACCUGAAUCUGAUGAAGUUUUAGAUAUAAUAACAAGGACAUCUAUAAAAAUAGUAUCUAAGGACAAAAAAACAAUACAUAAUAGUUUAAUAAAUGCAGAAGCAGCAGUAUUAACUACAUUACUGGGAGGUUUAUGGAUGCAAAUGGAUUGCCAUUUUGCUAAGUUUUAUUUAAAUAAAGAUCAACAAAAAAACAUUCCUGUUGUAUUUUCAGCAUAUAAAGAUGGAAUGUAUGAAUCAGAUAUAAUUAUAGGAAUUCAACCUGAAGAUUCUAAUUCAAAAGAAUAUGGAGAAAUUGUGAUUCCUAUUAAAAUAUUAACAAAUCCCAAAUUAAAAAAUUUUAAUUUAUCACCAAGAGUUGGAAAAAAAAUCCACAUUGAUGCAAAUGAGUCAAAUGAUGAUAUAUUAUCAUACAUUUGUGAAAAUGCUUUAUAUAAUUUAUAUGAGCAUGACAACAGUUUUUUAAUUUCAUCAUUGAUAUUGUUCUUUAUAGGAAUUAUAUUAAUCGCUUUAGCAUCGAUUGUGUUUUUUUUAAAACAUCAUCAAAGUAAACAACGAGAUGCCGAAAAAUAUAUGCAUCAAAAAAUGGUAGAUAGGGCACAUGGAAUAAAAUAUAAUUUUAAGGAUGCGGGUGCCGAUGGUAUUAAAAGAAUAAAUACAAUGGAUGACAAUAUAAACAAUCACCGAAAUACUCAGAGAUUUACUAUUGUUCAAAAUGAAGAUAAUAUGUAUGUGCUAAAAAAAAAAAGUUCUAUUCAAGCAAAAUAUGAACCACGCAAUGAAUUGGUAAAACGCCCACUUGUAAAACGUCCAAUUGUAAAGCAUGCAGAUAUAAAUGUAAAUUUCAAAAAUAUAGAUGAAUUAUACGAACCACAAAACAACUCACCGGAAUAG